GUUACAAUUUUUCAAAGUAUAACUCUGCAAGUUCAAACAUUACAAAAUAAACCUAACAUUUAUGACCUGCCAAUUGUACCUGCUUUCAGAAAUUUUUCUGCACCUGUUCAAGACCCUUCUGAACCACAUGGAGACAAUGCUAUUUUUCAUUUAAAAAAAGGGAUCUAUAACAGUAUAAAUGGAAAAACUACUAAUUUGUCAGUUAUAUUUGAAGAUCAGGACACUGAAGACAUUAAAGAUGUCGAAGAUACUGCCACUAUUAUUGAUGAUUGA